AUGAAAGUUUUAUCGGUGACCCUAAUAGGGAUUAGAAUUUUUAUCGGAAAAAAGCUUGAAUCGAACGUGAAUUUGAAUUGUGAUUGCGGCAUAUCGAUCGUUGGUCCAUCGAAUCAUGUAAUAGGAGAAAAAAUUUCGAAACCACAUAAUUUUCCAUGGAUCGUAGUACUAUUAAAUGCAGGAGCUAUUCAUUGUGGCGGGGCAUUGAUAAACGAUCGAUAUAUAUUAACAGCUGGCCAUUGUGUUAAAUGGUUAUUAUAUUUUUUUUUUAUAUCUCCUUCUCAAUUUCAUUUAUAUUCUUCGAUUUAUAUUCUUCAAUUUAAUUCUAAUAGGACAAAUGCAAAGGAUAUGACCGUAGGAUUAGGUAUUCACGACGUAGAUGAUCCAAAUGAUGGAUACAUUGUGUCUAUCGACAAAAUGAUCUUACAUGAAAAUUUUACAAGCCAUAUUAUACAUGACAACAACGACAUCGCAUUAAUCAAAUUGAAAAACUUAAUAAAGUAUGACGACCAUGUACAACCAAUUUGCUUUCCAAACAAAGAUGCUAAAUAUACUGGACAAAUGGUUAAGGUAACAGGAUGGGGAGCAGUUGCUGUUAACGGAGCAACUUCAAAAUUUCUUCGUGAAACUAAUUUAAACGUAUUAUCAUUGGAUUCUUGUAAGAACACUUCCAUUGGCAAGCAUUUAACAAAUUCUGUAAUAUGUGCUUACAACGAUAAUACAGAUGCCUGUCAGGGCGACAGCGGUGGACCAAUUUUUAUAGAAAGGCCAAAUGGAAAGAAUGAAAUAAUCGGUAUCGUUUCUUGGGGAUUGGGUUGUGCUAACAAAGGCGUACCUGGUGUAUAUGUAAAAAUUACGGAUUACUUAAAUUGGAUAAAAGAAAAUACUGCCGAUGCCAUUUAUUGCAAGGAUUAAUAGAAUAUAAAUUAUAAUUGAUAUGCAAUGUCGUCAUUUUUAAAAUUGAUUAUAUAAAUCUAAUUAAAAAAUUACGAUAGAAAAAAUAGAUAAAUACUGCUCGAUUGUUUUUAAUUAUAAGGAUUUAAAAUUGGCAAUGAAUCAUCGUUGUUAUUAAUAAUUUCUGCUUACCAUUGCAGAUAAUUAAUCAUAAGUGCCAUCUGUGAAGAAUAAAGCGAGCAUGUAGGAAUCCACUUUGUCGGUGUUUAAUCAAAAUAAAUGUGCAUUUAGCAUUUAUUGAGAUAAAAAUUUGUUAAAUAAUCUAUAUAAAUAUCGU